GUCCAUGGUAGUUCCUGGGGCUAUGUUUUCGGCUGCUACCUCUUGAGUUCCCUCAAGACUGCCCGUCAACCCCCUUCUUGUUCCAUCUCCGACCCCCUAUCACGCGACAAGUGGUCAGGCCAUGACCCCGUAUUGAACAUUUGGACAUCUCCGGCCCGCCGUAACGAACCCAACCCAUUACCACCAUGUCAUCUCGUCUCUAGCUGGCUGUUGUUGCUGCUGGUCCUUUCCCUUCUGUCUAAUCACCGGGUGUGA